CAGCCCCGCAGGCUCGAGCACAACGACCCCACCCCCCAACCCCCUCAGAGCGAGGGACGGUGCUAUACACACUCUCGGAGUCACGGAGGAAGGAGCGUCUGCGGAUCCCGGCUCUUCUGCCCUCAAUCCGGGCCUAAUGCUGUAGCGGACCGCGCGGAGGUAGAUACAUCGCGCUGACAGAGAGUCGGUGAGGGACCAGAGCGACGACGGGAUUGUUCAUUCGCCUGGAAACAUGGGAUGUACACUGAGCGCCGAGGAGCGCGCCGCUCUGGACCGGAGCAAGGCCAUCGAGAGGAACCUGAAGGAGGACGGCCAGACGGCCGCCAAGGACGUCAAACUGCUGCUGCUCGGCGGCGGAGAGUCCGGUAAAAGCACCAUCGUCAAACAGAUGAAGAUUAUCCAUGAAGAUGGCUUUUCUGGGGAUGAUGUGAAGCAGUAUAAGCCUGUGGUCUACAGCAACACCAUCCAGAGCUUGGCAGCCAUCCUCCGAGCCAUGGACUCACUGGGCAUCGAGUUUGGAGACAAGGAUAGAAAAGCUGAUGCCAAGCUGGUGUGUGAUGUGGUCAGUCGUAUGGAGGACACAGAGCCGUACUCUGCAGAGCUUCUGACAGCAAUGACGCGUGUCUGGACCGACGCUGGGACUCAGGAGUGCUUCAACCGUGCCCGUGAAUACCAGCUUAACGACUCUGCUCAAUACUACCUGGACAGUCUAGAUCGGAUCGGGGCACCAGACUAUCAGCCCACAGAGCAGGACAUCCUGAGAACCCGAGUGAAGACCACUGGUAUCGUUGAAACCCACUUCACCUUCAAAAACCUCCAUUUCAGGCUUUUUGACGUAGGAGGUCAGAGGUCAGAGAGGAAGAAGUGGAUCCACUGCUUUGAAGAUGUGACGGCCAUUAUCUUCUGCGUCGCUAUGAGCGGAUACGACCAGGUGCUCCAUGAAGACGAGACUACUAACCGCAUGCACGAGUCGCUCAUGCUCUUCGACUCCAUCUGUAACAACAAGUUCUUCAUCGACACCUCCAUCAUCCUCUUCCUCAACAAGAAGGAUCUGUUUGCUGAGAAGAUCAAGAAGUCCCCACUGACGAUCUGUUUUCCAGAAUACACAGGUGCUAAUACUUACGACGAUGCUACUGCAUAUAUUCAGGUUCAGUUUGAGAGUAAGAACCGCUCUCCCAAUAAGGAGAUCUACUGUCACCUGACCUGUGCCACAGACACAGGUAACAUCCAGGUAGUGUUUGAUGCCGUCACUGACAUCAUUAUUGCAAACAACCUGAGAGGGUGUGGCUUAUACUGAGGCCUGGCCAAGCACAGAGGUUGUCAUGGAGAGUAUGAGGUGUUAAUAAUGAUAAUUUUGAUGAUACUUAAACACAUAAAAUAUGUAAUUCUACACGUCCGAAUGGACCCAAAGAGCUGCCGUCAGACACCACACUGGAUUUAUUGCCAUGAUUUCUCCCCUUUUGUCUCUUUUUUGAUUUCCGUACACAACCCCAGUUUUUUGUCAUAUCAAAAUGUGUUUUUUGAGCUGAAUGUUUCAUGUUUUGUUGAUGAACGUGUCAACAACCGGGACAACAACGCAGUCGCAGCUCCAGAGGCCAGAAAAUACAUCACGAGGGACGGGCACUGUCAUUUUUUAAGCACAAUGUGGAAUAUUGUCUCAUUCUUUAUGUGAUGUUUUUUUUUUUUUUUUUAUGUACAAGUCUCGAGGCAUUGACAUCUGCACCACUGAAUACAACCUCUGGUGCUCCAUUUGAGAGCUGCUGUGUGUAUGUGAGUGUGUGUGUGUGUGUGUGUGUGUGUGUGUAUGUGUGUGUGAAGGUGGAGAUAAUGGUUGUGAUGUUGGGGAGGUGCUGUACUCGUGGCUGAGGGUUGUGGUUGGAAAGAAGGAGGCUAUUUUAACUUACAGGCUGGACAAAGCUCGCCGCUCCUUCGGCCCCACACAUGAAUGAGCAGCCUGCAGGUCUUCUCUCUUCACUCAAAACAUAAUGAAAGAGACCAUUCUUCUGUUCGGAGUGGCUGUCUAUUUCCAUUGGCCGCCUAUAGAAUGCGGAUUCGCCUAUCAGCCUUUGAAAUUGAAUAAAGUGGUAAAAAAAAAAAAAAAAGUGUCAUAUUGCUGCCAACCAUCUUGGAACGACAGUGGAUUGGUAUCACAGCUCACACUAUCAACCCUUAUUAUUUAAGAUUUUAAGAAAAGAUUUUUAUCAUCAUCGAAUGAUUUAUGUAAUUAACCCUCAUGCCCGACAUGCCUCCUCCUACCUCCUGAUAUCCCGUGCCACAUAUUUAUUUCCUGUCAUGAAAAACCGGGGCACUACGAUUAUCUGUCUAGGUUCAGAGGGUAGAAAGCAGCUCUCCAACGACAUCUUGUUCUCUAUGUGGUGCUUUACCCCUUCGAUGUGAAUCUGUGUAGAAAUAGAAGACUGCACAAGGAGAACAAUAUUAUUUAAGGCAGCCUGUCUUGGGAGUUGGGAUUUUUUUUAAACUCUUUUCUCCCCUGAUCAGUAAACAGGGAACCACUAUCCCCUGUCUGUCACGUUUCUCUUCUCACAGAGGAAACUCUCCAUUUUCACCCGUGCACCCAGGAAUUCCUCCUCCCAUGCCUGUAUACUCUUCCCUUUCACAUAUCAGUCCCCAUAUCCUAUCUCCAUCUUCACCUUAAAAGCACCGUACUGUAUAUAUAUAUAUUAUGAUUAUACCAGAUUUUUUUUUUACUGUGAAUGUUUUUGUGCUGCACCCCCAUCCUAUUCGGUAGUUUAUUGGUUGCUCUCAUGUGGAAUGUUUGUGCUGAGCCAAUCGAAUGUUGUGUUUACAUUAAAGCCACACUUUUCCUAACGA